AUGAAAAAAUGUGACACUUUGUUCAUAUAUUUAAUUUUGUUCCUUUUAGCUAACAUAAAAUGUUGCCAAUCAUUUAUAAUUCCUUAUAACAAAAAAAUGAUAAAAGGCCCUGCAAUAAAAAACUGCUGCAAGAGCAAAAGAAUUGUUACCAUAUAUGGAAAAAAAAAAAAGAAUAGAAAAGUUGUUGUCUUAGAAUGCACUGAAGCAAGAAAGUAUGGGAAGCAACCGUCAAGAUAUGUUACUGAGAAAAAUAAAGUAAAUACACCAAAAAAGCUACAAUUAUAUAAGUAUAAUAAAUAUCUUAAAAGAAGAACAUUGCAUGUAGAAAUUAAAUAA